CCCCGUUGAAAUUAUUUCCCUCCCUUGCGCGGUAUUGCGUACGCUGUUCUUUCCCUCAUCAUGGCAAGUCAACUUCACCAAAGAUCUGGUUUUGCCAGGACCGAUACCGACAAGGUAUCGCCCGAGGAUGAAAACGUAGCACCGACCUCUGCUCUCGAUUCUGAGAAAGCAUUCGACAGGACCCCAGACAUCGCGUAUCUCGGGGAUGAAUCUCCGCUCUUCGAUGCUUCGAAGGAAGAUCAUUUUGGAGAGACUGCUGUCCUUACCGAUGCCAAAGAUGUUCUUACUCAUGUUAUUCACGUGGAUGAUGAUCCAUCUUUGAGCCCCUGGACUUUUCGUGCUUUCUUUCUGGGGAUUGGAUUGGCAAUUUUCGCCUCCGUUCUCCAAGAGAUCUACUAUUUCAAGCCUCAAGCUAUCUACGUCUCCAUCGUUUUCAUGACCGUCAUCGGCUAUGCACUCGGGGAAUUCAUGUCCUUUAUCCCUAGAAUUGGGCCUGUCGGCAAAUUUCUGAAUCCUUUUCCAUUCAACUCGAAGGAGCAUGCCUUUAUCGUUAUUAUGGCUUCCGCAGCAGCCACCAAUGCAGUCUCAACGGAGAUUUUGGCUGCUCAAAGGUUGUACUACAACAUGGAUCCGAAUGCUGGCGCAGCCAUCUUCCUGGUCAUUUCUUCACAGCUUCUUGGAUUCGGUAUUGCUGGCCUCCUUCGCUCUGUCCUUGUGCAACCUACGAGGAUGUUGUGGCCAAUCAAUAUCCCAAUCGUCACUCUCAUCGAGACGCUGCACCGCGACAAGCGAGAGACUCGAUUCCGCCUAAAAGUCUUCUGGAUCGUCUUCGGCAUCCUCUUCGUCUGGGAAAUCAUUCCCGAAUGGAUCUUCCCUGUCCUGCAAGGUGUCUCUAUCUUCUGUCUCGCCAAGCAAAACAGCCUACUCUUCACUAACCUCUUUGGUGGGUCCUCCGGAAACGAAGGUCUCGGUUUCCUCUCCGUCUGCUUCGAUUGGCAAUAUAUCGCCAGUUUGGGUUCACCAAUGUGGUUGCCCCUUUACACACUGACCAACAGCACCAUCGGCUAUUUGCUCUGCAUCGUCCUAUUUAUGGGCCUCUACUACGGCAACGUUUGGGAGUCACAAAAUUUCCCUUUCCUCUCCCAACUACUGUACGACAACUCCUCCAACUCGACUUCCUUCUCCCCCUACAACCUCAGCCUGAUCCUCACCCCCGACAACGAAAUCAAUCGCGCAGGUCUCGAGCAGAACGGAGUUCCUUAUCUCACCGGGACUUACAUUGGCUACCUCAUCACCACGAACAUGGGCCUCACAGCAACGAUUGUACACAUGUUCCUCUGGAACUUUGACGACAUCAAAGCCGGUUGGGCGUUCCUUGCCCCCUCUAACCUCCGCAAACUCCUGCAACCCUCGUUUUGGAAAUUCUGGCAAGGCGGCAAAUCCCUUGAAGAACACAAACGUCAAGUCCUUGAGGACCCAAAUAUGGACCCACAUUACAAAAUGAUGGUGCAAUCAGGUUACUCCGAAGUUCCAGACUGGUGGUACGGUCUCGUCCUCUUCACCUCCUUUGUCGUGGGACUCGGCACUCUUUACGGCAUCCAAUCAACGCUCCCGUGGUGGGGCUACAUAAUCUCGAAUCUCUUCGCAUUGCUCUUCAUCUUAUUCUUCGGUGCUCAGAUGGGAUUGACCGGCUUUCAGUUCAACCAACAGCCCAUCAUCCAGAUGGUAGCAGGCUACAUUCAUCCUGGGAAGCCGCUCGCGAACAUGUACUUCACCGUCUUCGGCUUCAACGGCGUACAACAGGGCCAAUGGCUCUGCCGCGACCUGAAAGUCGCACAAUUGGUGCAUCUAUCACCCAAGUCAACAUUCACAGCACAGAUGACCGGUGCGGUCAUCGGCGCGAUCUUCAACUACGUAAUGAUGAAGACCAUUGUAACAAACCAGUUCGAGAUCUUGACCUCGAUCGAAGGCUCAAAUAUUUGGUCUGGGCAGAACGUGCAGCAGUACAACACUUUAGCGAUCGCCUGGAGCAUCGCAGGCGAUAUGUUCAGUAUUGGAGCACGGUAUCAAUGGGUCACUAUCGCGUACCUCAUUGGGUUUAUUGUGCCUGUCCCAUUCUGGUUGAUUUAUAGAUAUACGAAGAUCCGAUUCUUCAAUUACAUUAAUCUAAGUAUCAUACUCUGGUAUAUGGGCUGGCUCUUCGUCGGCAUCAACUCCUCAAUCCUGUCCUACUUCGCCAUCGGCUUCUUCGCUCAAUUUUACCUUCGCAAGUACCGGCCCGCACUCUUCGUGAAGUACAACUACCUCGUCUCCGCCGCUUUGGAUGGCGGAACACAGGUCAUUGUUUUCAUCUUGAGUUUUGCGGUGUUUGGCGGCGGUGGAGUGGCACAUGAUUUCCCGACUUGGGGCGGUAAUAAUGGGGGUGUGGGGAAUGGGAAGAAUUUGGAUUAUUGUAUGUUUAAUCCUGCCAAUGGUUAGAUUGUUGGUUGAGAUGAUGAGGGUGGGGCUUGGAGCAGUGAAUGGCGAGAAAUGGGAAAAGGGUAUUUUUAAGCGAUGCCUCCAAUUUCGAAGGAGAAUAUCUCCACAUUUCGGCUUUCUUGGCAGCUUUUCGUUGUCGCCGUCGCCUCAAGCGAUUCGGCCUGCUAGAGCUCGAAGGGGAUAUCAAUACUAAAAAUUCGAGCGAACCAAAGUAUAAGAGUGAAGGUAGUACCGUAGUUUCAAGUAUCUGUUUCCUG